AUGUAUAUCGGAUGUUAUCGAGAGUAUCGUACUAAAUAUGAACCAGUAAUCGAUGUGUCAGACACAGAUACAAACAAGCAUUUAGGAUGUGGACGAAUGGGCAAGCACAAGGCAUUUACCCACCGUUCAAUAAUGAUGUGCAUAUACAAUCCUGGCCAGUAUAACUUCACCAACCUAACACUGAAAGGUGAUCCUUCGGAUAAACAAGAGCUGGAGAAGGAUAGCUGCACGGUAUACAGUCACGGAAGAUCCGAAACAUUCUGGAUAAAAUUUGCAAUCGGAGCUCCCAAACCAGUCUUACUAUGA